AUGGUAUUGGGUCAGGCAGAGGUUCAAUGGAGAUUGCAGACUGUUUUGGAGAAGAUCGGGUGUUUGUUUGGCACUUUGCAGACUGAGAGGAAUAUAGACUUUUCAGUCAGUGGUGUUCUGCCACUUGCUGGGAGGUUCUGCUUUGCUGCAGAAUCUGAUGUGUUGCAGUUCUGCUAUAUUGUUGAGAUGGGUUUGAUGAUAGCUGCUGCGAUGCUGAUGCUUGGUUGCUAUUGUGGAUUGGAGAUGUUUGCUGCCAGGUUGCAAUGA